GUCGCUAUCCCAGAAUCCUUAGAGAAGGAGAAGCGCGUUCUUGCGUCCUAGUCCCAGUACAGCGUGGAGGGCUUAGGGAACGUGUUCUGAUUCUCUGCGGGACGGCUAGCACGUUUGUGCUUUGCCCGCCGCGGCUUAGGGGACUUUUUGGGACCGUGUAGUCGGUGUUUUUGAACUGAGUCCACAGCUCGUGGUGGGCCGUGCGGCGCCCUGACCCGGCCUCACCAUGUUGGUGCUGUUUGAAACAUCUGUGGGCUACGCCAUCUUUAAGGUUCUAAAUGAGAAGAAACUUCAAGAGGUUGAUAGUUUAUGGAAAGAAUUUGAAACUCCAGAGAAAGCAAACAAAAUAGUAAAGCUAAAACAUUUUGAGAAAUUUCAGGAUACAGCAGAAGCAUUAGCAGCAUUCACAGCUCUGAUGGAGGGCAAAAUCAAUAAGCAGCUGAAGAAAGUUCUGAAGAAAAUAGUAAAAGAAGCCCAUGAACCGCUGGCAGUAGCUGAUGCUAAACUAGGAGGGGUCAUAAAGGAAAAGCUGAAUCUCAGUUGUAUCCAUAGUCCUGUUGUUAAUGAACUUAUGAGAGGAAUUCGUUCACAAAUGGAUGGAUUAAUCCCUGGGGUAGAACCACGUGAAAUGGCAGCUAUGUGUCUUGGAUUGGCUCACAGCCUGUCUCGAUAUAGAUUGAAAUUUAGCGCUGAUAAAGUAGACACAAUGAUUGUUCAGGCAAUUUCUUUGUUAGAUGACUUGGAUAAAGAACUAAACAACUACAUUAUGCGAUGUAGAGAAUGGUACGGCUGGCAUUUCCCUGAAUUAGGAAAAAUUAUUUCAGAUAAUUUGACAUACUGCAAGUGUUUACAGAAAGUUGGCGAUAGGAAGAACUAUGCCUCUGCCAAACUUUCUGAGUUGCUGCCGGAAGAAGUUGAAGCAGAAGUGAAAGCAGCUGCAGAGAUAUCAAUGGGAACAGAGGUUUCAGAAGAAGAUAUUUGCAAUAUUCUGCAUCUUUGCACCCAGGUGAUUGAAAUCUCUGAAUAUCGAACCCAGCUCUAUGAAUAUCUGCAAAAUCGAAUGAUGGCCAUUGCACCCAAUGUUACAGUCAUGGUUGGGGAAUUAGUUGGAGCACGGCUUAUUGCUCAUGCAGGUUCUCUUUUGAAUUUGGCCAAGCAUGCAGCUUCUACCGUUCAGAUUCUUGGAGCAGAAAAGGCACUCUUCAGAGCCCUCAAAUCUAGACGGGAUACCCCUAAGUACGGUCUCAUUUAUCAUGCUUCACUUGUAGGCCAGACAAGUCCCAAACACAAAGGAAAGAUUUCUCGAAUGCUGGCAGCGAAAACUGUUUUGGCUAUCCGUUAUGAUGCUUUUGGUGAGGAUUCAAGUUCUGCAAUGGGAGUUGAGAACAGAGCCAAAUUAGAGGCCAGGUUGAGAACUUUGGAAGAUAGAGGGAUAAGAAAAAUAAGUGGAACAGGAAAGGCAUUAGCAAAAACAGAAAAAUAUGAACACAAAAGUGAAGUGAAGACGUACGAUCCUUCUGGUGACUCCACACUUCCAACCUGUUCUAAAAAACGCAAAAUAGAACAGGUAGAUAAAGAGGAUGAAAUUACUGAAAAGAAAGCAAAAAAAGCCAAGAUUAAAGUUAAAGUUGAAGAAGAGGAAGAAGAAGAAAAAGUGGCAGAAGAAGAAGAAACAUCUGUGAAGAAGAAGAAGAAAAAGGGUAAAAAGAAACACAUUAAGGAAGAACCACUUUCUGAGGAAGAACCAUGUACCAGCACAGCAAUUGCUAGUCCAGAGAAAAAGAAGAAAAAGAAAAAAAAAAGAGAUAACGAGGAUUAACAGAAAGGAAUUACAAGUGUAUCACCUGGACACAUCAUGCUUAAGAUUCAACUGGGAGCAUACCAGGGAUGCUCUCUAACAUAACCAAGGGAAGGUUCAGUAAAACAAAAUGAUUUAUCAUCUAUAACUUCAAACCUAUUUGUGUCUUGACAUCAACUCUGUUAACAUCAUCACUUUCUAGAGUCUUUGAUAUACAAAUAAAAUUUUCUUUGUAUUUUAA